GUACAAAGCGUAAAAUCCAGGCUCAUCAUAUUUGCGCUCUCGUGUUUCGUCAGUGAUGCACUAUCCCGUGCCUCCCCCCCAUACGAGGCAUGUCUUCUCCACACCACACCACUCCUGCUUCCUCACAUGAAUGUACCGCGCCGUCGUCUCUUCCCAGUUGAGCAAGCUACUUCACCGUAGUUGGUGUUCGUCCAGCCCACCGCAGCUGUGCCCUCUGCUCCCAAAGGCAGUCCCCGUCAUGACCUCCCCUUUCUGCGAUUUUGCCGAUAUUCGCUAAAUGGGAUUCGUGGCUGGUCCGAGGUUUCCACAGCAACUGGCCAUCCGCUUCCAUUAUUUGUCUAAUGAGGACAGCCAUAAGGAUUUAACACGGUUCCUCGCUGCGCGUCUCUGAUUUUUGGGCUGAAUCUCUAGACGCGUUAAAGGUCUGCACAUGGGGGCGGGCAAGAGCAAGCCCAAGGAGCCAGGCCAGCGCUCCAUGAGCCUGGACGGCACCAUCGGCACAGGCUCAGACAGCGGCCACUUCCACCACCUGGGACCUGCCCAGCAGACCCAAACCCCCAACAGGAGCCCUGCCGUUGGGACAGGCAGGCGGGGGCAUACAGGGCAACACCAGCUCGCCCCCACAAACACUCCUGAGCUGGCUCUCUUCGGAGGGGUGGACCAUACAGGCACCAUCACCUCGCCUCAAAGAGGACCUCUCUCAGGAGGUGUCACUACAUUUGUGGCGCUGUAUGACUAUGAGUCACGGACAGCGUCUGAUCUGACCUUUAGGAAAGGCGACAGGCUGCAAAUUGUCAACAACACGAAAAAGUACAGCUUCAGAGAAGGGGACUGGUGGCUCGCUCGCUCCCUGACGACAGGAGAGAGCGGUUAUAUCCCCAGCAACUAUGUGGCUCCAUCCGACUCCAUCCAAGCAGAAGAGUGGUAUUUUGGGAAGAUCACUCGGCGCGACUCCGAGAGGCACCUUUUGAACUUGCAGAACAGACGAGGAACCUUCUUGGUGAGGGAGAGCGAGACCACUAAAGGAGCUUAUUGCCUGUCAGUGCUGGAUUAUGAUAACACCAAAGGCCUGAAUGUUAAACAUUACAAGAUCAGGAAGCUGGAUAGCGGCGGUUUCUACAUCACAUCCCGCACCCAGUUCACGAGCCUACAGCAGCUAGUCUUCCACUACCGCAAGCACUCUGAUGGUCUGUGCCACGCUCUAUCAGACGUGUGUCCUGUGUCCAAACCUCAGACCCAGGGACUGGCCAGGGACGCCUGGGAGAUUCCCAGAGAGUCCCUUCGCCUCGACCUUAAACUGGGACAGGGCUGCUUUGGAGAGGUCUGGAUGGGCACAUGGAAUGGUACAACACGUGUAGCCAUUAAGACCCUGAAGCCUGGCACCAUGUCUCCAGAGGCCUUUCUUCAGGAAGCACAGGUCAUGAAGAAGUUGAGGCAUGAGAAGCUGGUCCAGCUGUAUGCUGUUGUGUCUGAGGAGCCUAUCUACAUUGUGACAGAAUAUAUGAGCCAAGGCAGCUUACUGGACUUCCUUAAAGGGGAAGCAGGAAAGAUGCUUCGUCUGCCUCAACUAGUAGACAUGUCCUCUCAGAUUGCAGCAGGCAUGGCCUACGUGGAGAGGAUGAACUACGUCCACAGAGACCUGCGCGCUGCCAACAUCCUGGUGGGAGACAACCUGGUGUGUAAAGUGGCUGACUUUGGCCUGGCAAGACUCAUUGAAGACAACGAGUACACUGCCAGACAGGGAGCUAAAUUCCCAAUCAAAUGGACGGCACCAGAGGCAGCUCUGUACGGUCGUUUCACCAUCAAGUCAGAUGUCUGGUCCUUCGGUGUGCUGCUCACAGAACUGGCAACUAAAGGCAGAGUCCCCUAUCCAGGUAUGGUUAACCGCGAGGUGCUGGACCAAGUGGAGCGCGGCUACAGGAUGCCCUGCCCGGCAGAGUGCCCCAGCUCUUUGCACGAGCUCAUGCUCUCCUGCUGGAGGAAGGACCCAGAAGAGAGGCCUACAUUUGAGUACCUGCAGGGCUUCCUAGAGGACUACUUCACCUCCACAGAACCCCAGUAUCAGCCAGGGGAGAACCUAUAGAACCACAUACACUGAACCGAAUCCGGGGGGAGAACCUCAACACAGAACGAUCUGCACUAACCGACCUCAGAGGAGCACCUGUGGGAGGAUCUGAGCCUGUGAAACUCAUCAGGGAGGAACUUGAGAUUCUUCUGUGGAAACAAAACCGAGAUAGAAACCUGCAGACGUCCCAUCAUGUGCCAUAAAGAAACUGCUACAGAAGAACCUGAAGAACCUCUUUUGUGCAAGCGCUCACUGUUUACUGAAGGUUUGCUUGCAGAAGUGAGGUUAAAGGCUGUAAAAGAGAACUCCUGGUGGACAGACUCUGCAUCUGAAUUGAGGUUUUCUGAGAGGUGCGACUGAUGUGGGUGGAACGGAAUCAGGAUCUACAUACAGAGCAAAGGGGUUAAUGAAAAAACCUCCCCUAAAAGAGAGAAGGUCAAGGGAGGUUAUUUCGGGCAUGAGCUGUUUAGCAAAACCUCCCUCUUUCCCUCUUCUGUUGUGUCUCUUUACCCUCGCCUGGUACCUUCCUUUUCCGUCCACAGAAGAGCACUGCCACUGUGGCUCAGGUGCCAAAGGAAAGUCUGUCUCUCUUAACGUCCUUUAUCUCCCUUCUGCCUCUGUCUUCUCUUUCUCUAUUUCUGUCUGACUUGCGGUAUCUCUCUCCAGUUUUCUCAAGUGCUGCUUCUUCAAAGUGUCUCCAAAUAACUCAGCUCUGGAACUCUACAUUGCAUCUUUAUUUAUGUUUACCUUGACAAUAUGCAUUUUUUGGUUUAAGGUUUUGUUCCAGUGGCAGACAAAAAAGUUCCUGAUUUCUCUUAAUGUUUUUUCUGAUUAUAAAUAGGCAAGGUUGUUAGAACCACUAUCAUGGAAGUGCCAACAGACAGGUUUUGUAAAGGCCCUGACACACCAACCCGAUUAUCGGCCGUCGGACAGUCUGGUGAGUUCAGUGACUCGAGUCUGUUCGGUGUGUGGCCGAUUUAACUUGUUGAAUCAGAAGGCGGGCAGUCGGACUCAAUGACCAAUCUGAAUGGUGGAGGGCUAACCCGGAAAUGACGAGUGGGAUGAGCGGGACUAGAGUCUCUCAAAAUCUCACGAAAAUCUUUUAAACUGACCUUUGUCGAUCUGAAAUGAAGACAGAUUCAGCAACUGCAUGGCCUAUAUAUCUUGCUUAAAAUGUUUUCAGAAACACGUUUCUGUGAAUUAUUUUCGUAAAAUACGAGAACGUAUUCCGAAUGAGCUGCCAUUAUGGUCUGACUUUGAAAUUCCGGAGAAGGCAGACCCACGUGACGCGUUUGUCGAAUCAGCUGCCGGUUAAAAUUCUUUGGCCAACAAUACAGAUUAGUGCCGCCUGCUGUUAUGGAGACCUAUUACGUCUCGCGCACGCACAGAAUGUAUGCUCAAGUCGGCGUUGCUUCGGUGUGUUCCGAAGCACUUUUUUUUUCCACCAACUCGGGGAGGCAGUCAGUCCGACUGCCUUUUCUGCCGAAGGUCGGCCGUCAGAUUGGUGUGUCAGAGCCUUAACACUGAAAAUUGGGUCAAUUGAAUUAAAAUGUGAGGCCUUUCUCUCUUGUCUAACCCUCCUUCUCUUUUCUAGCUGUAUUUCUUGACAUACGCUGAAUGGCCACAGCGGCCAGCUGGAUCCAACCUCGACUAUUAAAAAUGACUUUGAUGCAGGUAGUGUUUGAAUGCUUGUUGUUUUAAAUUACCUUGAUUUAACUGGAAAGUUGCAUUAAAAAUAAUCAGCACUGUUAUGGUGGCAGUAAAAAGCAGUUUUAAUAGUAGUCAGCUCAUUUCCUCAGAGGCAUAAAUGGGGUAACUUUCAUUAAACAUUCAUCUGACCUACUAAGAGGCUCAUGGCUACCAAACCAAUCAUAUGUUCAAUCACUGUUUAUAUUCAACUCCGCUCAAGAUGAGAAAACCCUGAGUGCAAAAGCCUACGUUGUUGUGGGCCAAACAAAUCACAUUUCGUUACUGCUGUCCAUGUAUAUAAUGUUUUAUUAUCAAGGGGCUUACUUGGGGGUUUUUAGUUCUUAAACUUUCGAUAAAAACCUGCUCCAUUUCCCCAGUAAACGCCAUGUUGGUGAGUAAACUGGACCGAUAAACCUGGUACUGUUUGCUGAAGGAUUCAAAAACACUUAACAGCUGUGUCCAUAGAAAUAUGCAACCAGGCGGCCCUCAUGAAGCUGUUAAACUCUGAUCAGGUAACUCUAAUAAAACUGUGUUUAUAACUUACUAUAAGAGUUGAUUUUAAAACCAGUUAGCAUGCUUUUGUGCAGUUCUUCUCUUGAUCAUUGGCUGGGUUUGUAUUUAUGCUGUACUGUACAUCAACAUGUGUAUUUUUACUUUAUUCAAGGUUCAGGUGAGGCGAGGGGAUCAUCCUAUAAACAGACUUCUGAACAUUUGUGCCAUUAACCUACUUUUUUAAUUUAUCUUACCCACUGCUGCCAGUUCUCACUGUCAUAUUGUACAUACUGUAGCUCUUUAGGAUUGGUUUUGUAUCAUGUAAGCCACUUUCAAAUGGCAGGUAUUUAUGUUGGGUGUCACCCAUUUCACAGUGGUUUAGUUUAUGACGUAGUCCAUGCAGCAAUAGUAGAUUUAAAGCUAUAGAUUGUUGCCAAAAAAUACUAUGAAACUAGUUAUCAAAAUAUGAGCCAUGCAGCAAUAAGAAAUGGCCCAUUCCCUCUAAAACCAUGAAAUUAUUAUCCGGCGAUAAGGAAUCCCGAUGGCUAAUUUAAUCAAUAAUGUGGAUGAUUCUGAAACCACAAUGAAAUUGGAGUUUGUGUUGUGAUUUGAAAUGAAAAUGUGGGCAAAGAUGUAAAUAGUAUCUUAAACAAAUGACUUUGACUAUCAUGUAAUUUUUUUUUUGUAUAGUAAUUUGUUUUACUUUAAAUGCACCUCCAUGUAGAGGUUUUUACACACGCACACCUGCUCCCAAAAUGUUUUAAUAUCAAGAUGCUACUGUAAAUGGGGCUUAAGGAAUGUUUUAUUUUUUUAUUAUUGGACUUUUUUUCUGAAAAAGACUAUUUAAAAUUGGGCUUGACAUAAAGUAUAUAUUUCCAAGAACAUGUAUCAGUGCUUUCCUCUUUAAGAAUUGGAAAUCCCCUGUUAGUUGUAAAGCACUGAAACGCCUGUAAGUUACUGGGACAAUGUGGAAGUUGAUGGGCUCAUGACAAGUAUGAGUAAUGCCAAUGUCUGAUUGGAUUUUCUGUGCCAUAUUAAAGAAGUGUCCUGUUUUUCUUUUUUACAUGUUUUUUUUAUGAAUCUAUGCAGCUUCAGUCUGGCAUUCCUACAACUUCAUGGCCAUUUUGUUCUAAAGUCAAAAACAAUGAUCAUAAACAGAAGGUGUGAGCAUUUUGUAAGGACUUUUUUUGUUUGUUUCUUAUGUUACAGGAUUGCAAUGGGUAUCGUGCCACUUUAUGUUGAUCUUUAAAUGUGCAAUAAAUUAUAUUUCAAAUGUGUUUUGAUAA